CCUGCGCUGCACCAAGUCGCGACGUCCGUGUCGCACCUGAUCCGCGACGAUAUGAACCCCAUGCGGGUCGACAUGCGCUCGUUCUACCUGUACGCGCCGAACGAGUUGAAGCACCGCAAGCGCACAACACGCGACCAGCUGAAGGUUCUCGAGAGCAUGUUCAAG